UAUCUUUGCAUGUAUUGCCGAUCUGACGAUCUCAAAGGGAGCUUGUCACUAAAAUUUGUCGGACAUACUGUAAUUUUGGUACAAUUGCUGUCACGGGCAGGAUAUCCUCUGAUUUGUUCCCUUUACUACUUUAUUUGAUCUGAAUGGUUAGUGGCAGGUUAGAAUAUGGCACAGAACGAUCAAUUGUCCGAUACGAAGGCUAUAACUGCACGUCUAUGGCCAGCUUUACUGAGGAACAGCUCCCAACUUAUGGCUGUUGGGGAUGCAAUGGAACAGCUCCCAGCUUAUGGCUGUUGGGGAUGCAGUAAGAUGCAUUUCAGCAAUAGCCUGAACACCCCAGAAGGAACAUUCAUGGCCCCACUAAAGCAAUAUUCUACCUGCAGCUCUGUGAUUUUGCAGUACAGCACACCACUUUCAUUUUCACACAAAUGCUGGGAAGUGUUCUGGAGCAGCUGGAGAGAAAAUCCCUGCUGUGCCGCAACCCCUCCCCAGUCAGUGACAGCUGCUCACAGCAAUGUCUCUUUCCGCUUUAAGCCUUGUGGAUCUGCACAUUCAUCCAGAGAGAACACUGCAGGAGGUUGUACUACACAGGGUACUACGGUAUUGGUCCAUGAUACCCGGAGAUGCAGGAUGAAUGAGACAGAGAUGCAGGUUUAACACAGGAGGGGAACUAGUUAGUGAGAUAAGGAGACACACUGGGAAGGAGGAGAAAGGAGGGCAAUUGAAUGACACAGAGAAGGACAAGUGAAUGUAAUAUGGGAGGACAGACGAGGUUAGAUAAGGGCAUGAACUGGGAGACAAUACUGAAAGGAAGAUAGUGAUUAAGGAAGAUGCAGCAAACUGCAGAGUUUUAAGUCUGAUAAUAUAAACAAUUAAGAAGCAGAUAUUAAUUUUUAAGAAGCCUUCAAUGUAACUUAGGUCAUAGAUAUACAGUAUUCCUUUUAGGGGUCAGAUUUGUAGUCCACUAGUCUUUUGGGGUUUUGGUUUUAUCGCGGGCAAUGUCUCGUCCUACACGCCCCCCUUCAGGGGACAUUCCCAGAAAUCUUAGUUACAUUGCAGGGCUAUAUGAACGAGCCUAUUACCGAACUGCCAGACCAAGCUUGGAAGAACAAGAGGAGGAGGAAGAUGGAGCUGCUUCUGGCCACUGCUCCUCAGUCUUUACUUCACAAGUUCCUCGAAGGAGGCGUUCACGUUCUGCACCUGCUCUUCGUGUCUCUCGGGUAGAGCGGCGCCGCAGCCCUGAGACCAUUAAAAGAGUCCGUUUUGCUGAUGCGCUGGGACUUGAACUGGAGUCUGUGCGUCAUUUUAAGAGAGAAGAUAUGCCUUGCAUCCCUAUCCAUGUUACCCACAGGCUGCAAAGAGAAACAACACAAUGUCUACUCAGGGAAGAGUCGAGCUGGUGUGAGGCACGCCAUGGCAUCCCUGCCUCCUUGGUUUCAGAAGCAGGCACGUGGGAAAAGAAGACAUGGGAGCGUAAUUCAUGGAAUGAACAGACAUGGCAACAACGUGUUUGUUUACAAAGCAUGCGUUGUGAGAGCUGCUUUCUCUGGGGAUCUGUGAGGGUCCUUGAUCUGGCGUAUGAGAAAAAGGUCACUGUGCGCUACACUCUGGAUGGGUGGCAAUCUCACCUGGACACAUAUGCCUUAUAUGCUGCACGUCUCUGCCAUGGGGGGCCUGGGCAUCCAGGUACAGAUCUCUUCACUUUUCGCCUACCUCUACCAACUAGGGAACGAGCCUCCUGUCUGCAAUUUGCCAUUCGCUAUGAGGUGGGGGAGGAGGAAUUCUGGGACAAUAAUGGGGGUAAAAAUUACAGUCUGUGGCCCCCUGAAACACAGCUCUCCCCUGCCCAGGAUGCAGAAAAUGGAUGGAUACAUUUCAUCUAAUAUCUUUAUGCACCCUCAUAUAUUCUUAAAAGCAACCAUCUGCCUAAUCCUGACACCAAAGAUAAAGAUCCAAAUUCAGCCCCUGUGGGUGCUACUGAGCUGAAAAAUAGGGGAAUAGCGGAAAAUAUGUCUAAACUAUAAUGGACAUGACUGUAAUGCACUAAACUGAAACAUAUUUGGGGAGAGAGAAAUGCAUCUUACAGGAAUAAAACAAAAUAUUACAAGGAUAUUUGCAGAAAUCAGUGAGGCAAUAAAAGGAGAAAAAAACGAUCUGGUCACAGAAGGGUUAAAUGAAAAUGAUGUUAACAGGUUGCUACCGAUGAUAGCUAGGAUUUGUGUCACUAUCACUUCCAAAGAAGGCCUGCCUUUUUUAUUUUUAUCCCUACCAGCCCUCCCCCUAGUGUUACCAAUGGGAUCUGACACAAUUAACAUAAAGAACAGAAAAAGCUGCACCUUUUUAGCACUCAUAUCUGAAAGCAAAUGCAACUGAAGAUCAAAGAUUGGUUAAAUUAACCUCUGUUAUGUAAUAAUUUAUGUUCUCCUAUCAAAUUUAUAAAGUGACAUGCCCCUCUGUGAAUUAAUCACACCAGUGCACUGAGGUAAUAAUGAAUAAAUUAUUGCGACAAAUUGUCACUUUAGUCCUUGAACAUUUGGAGAAAUUAAUGAAGAAUUUAUUUAUUGGUGGAUUUUAAAUUUCAUGUAGUUUUACAGUCAAUUCAUUCAUUUUAUGACAGUAAUUUAUCUGUCUUUAGACUGGUGUGAUUAAGUGAGGCACAGGUCACAGGAGGACAUACAGUAUUACAUUAUAUUACUGGUGUAUUAAAUCAGUUUAAGAUUCUCAGUAGGGUUUUUUUGCAAUACGCAAGUGCUAAAAAUCUGUGUAUUUUCUAUAAUUUAACAUUAAAUCAAUUUGUACCAUAUCCCAAGUAGCAGGUACACUAAUGUGUGUGAAAACCUCAUAAUAUCACUGAUAUGAGUGCAGUCGUUUUGCUUUUGCAUUUGAGUUAUGUUGGGAUCUCAUAUGGCACAUAUGGGCUUGAGGGGCGGUGUGAUCCUCAUAUAGGCUCAAUGCCUACUUUAAUAAAAAAAAAUGGAGGUGAAUUACAGGAAGAUUGAAGCUGCACUUUUGAGAGAAACCAGGGUACAAUGACAUACACCUUUUUGAGGUUCCAGAAAAUUAAAAUAAGGUGAUUAGCCUUAGGCUGCUGAAUUUACAUUUCGAUUGAUGGAAAAGUGUCAAAAAAAGAAGACACACUUAGAAGAACACUUAGCCAAGGAAUAUUUCAAUUUAUAUGUUUAAGUGUAGAGUAUAAAUGUUGAAAGAAGGUUACAUUAAAAUUUGAGGCAGAGACAUGUAUGUUUGUCCAUAUAAGCUAAAGUCACAUUAGCUGCUGCUUGGCCUACCCUAGUACAGUCCGAAUUAUCACAGAAAAGGGUUAUUGAUGGUCACAUGCCUAGUGUGUUGAGCUACAUUAGCUAUCUUAUAGAUACUAUAAAUCUGAAAUAGCUCUGCAUAUUUAGUAUCUUGCUUGUUAUAACCUUUUAUCUAAUUAGCACCAACAUAUUCUGCAACCUUUAUUACAAAGUUUUUCAUUCUAUGAACCAUGAAUUACAUUUGACCCCUGUUUAUCUUUCUGGUUAAUUACUAAAACCACUGUAUUCUGUAGAACGUAUUUGUUAUGUAAGAAUGUGCUCUGAAUUCCAAUUUCCAAUUUAAUGGCUGCCUGCAUGGAUACACUGCAGCUUAUUUAUAAACUGUAUUCAAACCUCAGAAACAACAAGCAGUUUUUUCCAAUGAAGGGUAACAGUACUGCUUGCCGAACCCUUUCUUUUUUUGGUGUUAAAAACAUUUUUGGUGUUGGUGCAACAGGGAAAUGGAAUCUGCUCCUUGUAUGAUUCUUGCAAGGUUGAUUAUUAGAUAAUUUACAGGUAUUAUAAAUAAUUUGUACAUUUUAUAUAAGGUAUUUUUACUUGUUGCUUGUUAUUUAAGAGCACAAUACCUUACAAAAUACUGGAAUAUACUUUUGACAUUUUUCCAGCUCAUAUUCACACUAGUUCAUUCAGGGCUGGACUAACCCCAGCCAAAUCAACCUAAACUCACCCCAGCCUUGCAUUUACCACAGAAAUGUAAUAGAAAUGUGAGGUGGUAUUUUUGGCAAGUACAAAAAUACAUUUGUAGUGUACGCUGUAAUUCAAAGAAAAUAUUUUCAGAAAGAGCAGUUUGCACUCCUGUGCAUGUUACAAAAACGUAUAUGCCCAGGCUUUUGCAACCAUGCCAUACAGGAUGUUUUGAAGAAAAUCUGGUCACCUAAUCAUGUGUCAAAUAAUUUUUACUAAAAGUGAAGUCAAGGAACAUUAUUGGAUUUUAGUCUAAUAGUUUCCUAUAAUUAUGUAGCUAAGCACCGUUCAUUGCUUGAGAGCAGUGAGAUUUCUUGCAGGCCAUAUGUACAAACAUUAUUUUUGGUGACCAUUUUUACACAUUUUGUAAAUGUGUGUCUAAGCAAGUACUGAAAUAUGCGCAUGUGUUCCAGCUUUUUGCACACAGCUGGAACGCAGUGAAAAGGGCCAGAUAGAUAGAAAGAUAGAUAGAUAUUUUAUUUUCAAAUAUUUUUAAUGCAUUUGUGGCUUGCCAUGUUGCAUAAAUGGGUCAACAAAUGGACCCCACAGUAGGCUCCUGUCACUUUUAGAUUGGACACGAACCUUACACACAGAGGGAAGUGGGACCAAUAUUUUAAAAAGGCACAAUUUUACAAAUAUUUAAAAAUUAAAAAUCUUACGUAUUUGCACAGAUAAGGGAUCUAUUACCUGGAAACCAAUUUACCCCAGAUCCCAAGCAUAAUAGAUAACAAAGCUCCAUCUAGAUGCAGCAUCAAUUUAGAUACAAGGUUCACUGGUUUCAUCUGAUGUGGAGAGCUAGUUGUAAAUUAUAUGAGUUUUGUAUAAUGAGGAAGACUGUCUAGAAAGAACUAUGGCUUUGUAUAAUUAUUAUCAACACUUUUUAUAAAGCACCAACAUAUUCCAUGCCCUUGUGCAGUAGAUGGGUGUAUGCAUGAACAUACAAAUACUAAGUAAUGUGGUGAGCUCAAUGUCAUGAUGAUAGCUUUUCAUUAACUACAUAUUUGUGGCUGACAAUGAGCAACAGAAUCACAGGAUUAAUGGCAAUGUAACUGCUUUAACUGAAAGGCUUGGGAUUUCCUUUGUUUACAUUCUCAGCAGCAUCUUAGAGAAUUAAAUUAAAUUAAUUACAUAGACAAUUCGGAUAGAUGAUAAAACCACAGAACAUAAUGAUACUAAAAAUGAACUGCUGCACUUAUUACUAAACUAAACAAAUCAAUGAAGAAACAGCAGCACUACUGUACUUACUACUGAGUCUGAUGAAUCAUAAGGGCACUCAGGAUGAUGACAGAAUUGUUUAAAGAGCACAACCAGUUGGGCAAAGAGUAUAAGUGGUAACUUAGUAGUGGUUGAGCUCACAGAGCUGCAUGUAAUGCACAUGUCCUUGCUUUAAACAGAGCAGUUGAUUUAUUUUCCUAUAACCCGAUGAAAAUUGGUGUGUGUAUGUGGGUGACUUAUAUAAUCAAAGCAACUGUGGUGUAACUAAUGUAAUUAGUAAGUGCAUGUGCUGAAAAUGAGGAUUGUGUGUAUUAUACAAGAGCUUGGUAAAUGAAUUAGGGAUAUUAUAAUAUAUAAUAUAUAAUAUAUUAUAAUAUAUAUGAAUUGCACAAAAGUUUGUGUCAUAAUUAGCAAUGGACAGAAUGGUAGGUAACAGAGGGAAGUAAAAGGGGUCCUUCCUGAAAGUACAUAGAUUGAGUAGACAUACGCUGUGAGGCUUAGCAAACAAGUGGGAUUGUAAGCAUUUUUUUGGCAUAGACAGAGAGAAGUGGGAUAAUUAGAGAAAUAAGCAAUAAUGAAUCCACCUGAAAGAUUUUGCAAGCAGAUUUUGGAGGCAGUGUUAACGGGAGAAGAGAUCAUAAGAAGAACAUUCUGUAUAUUGUGGGAAAAAGCUAGAGAAAAGUUGUGAGGAGUUUGGAAAGUACAACUAAGGAUCUCAAUUCAAAUCUAUGCAAAAUGUGUAACCAGGUAGGGGAGAUUGGUUGAUUUAAUUUUUGAAGAAUAAAUGCAUUUGAUAAUAGCAAGAAUGAUGAGAGACAUAUUUUCCAGUAUAAUUGUUAACAUAAGAUAUUGUGCUGAAAAAAAUCUUCUUCCACUCUAGAGGCCUUACUGUUGCCUUAUUUACCUCUUAUAAAAGCCAAGAAUUUAAUACUAAUAAAGCCUUCAGCUAAUAUAAGUGUAACCUUGUGUGUACUUUGUGUGUACUGUUUAUAUGAUAAUAAAAUA